AUGGAAGACAUGGAAUCGGUUUCCAGCGGUCCUGAUGAGAAUCCAUGGCCACAUUUGACUGAGUAUGUGGAAUUUGUAUCCAGAUCGGGCCAGCAAAUACUUUUUGCGUGUAAGCGAUGCUUGCCGAAAGACACUAAAAUAAAAGUUCAUGUAUCAAGUCUGAAUAAUUUGAAACAACAUGUAAGAAGGGUACAUGAGUCACAGUACGUACAGUUUGAAGAGAUUGUUAAGGCGGGCUCUAACCGGGGCAAGACAAAAAGGAGAACUCAUUCUGACGAUGAUGAUAGCACAAGUAGCAGUAAUCCUAAUCCCGUUAAAAGAAGAAUACAACAGGGUCGACAGCUGAGCAUCGGGGAAUCGUUCGGGAUUGCAGCUACUGGCAGCGGUGUACCCCAAGCCAAAGUGGACAAAUGUAUAGUAAAUUUAUUUGUUUCAAACAUGAUUCCUUUACAUGUUGUCGAAAGCAAGUCUUUUGGUGUGUUGAUAAAAACGUUAAACCCGAGCAAAAAUUCAAUUUCAAGAAGAACUUUGGGUAGACGCAUUACUGACGAACACAUUGAAUUGAAGCAACACCUUAUUAGUUUACUUGGAAAAAUUGAUUGGGUGGCAACGACGGCUGACUGUUGGUCAGCUCACAACAAAAGUUAUUUGGGCAUGACAGUUCACUGGUUAGAUGCUAUCACAAGAGCCAGAAUGCAUGCAGUAUUAACGUGCAUACGCCUAAAAGGUCAUCAUACAUACGAUAUCCUGGCCCAAGCAAUGAUAGAUAUUCACUAUGAAUUUCACAUAGAUAAAAAAAUCACAAGGACUACUACGGAUAAUGGCAGUAACUUUGUGAAGGCAUUUGUGCAAUUCGGCUCGGAGAUCGACAUACUUCCAGAGUUGCCAUCAUGUGAUUUAGAGUCUGAAUUUGACCCUGAUAUUGCCAAUCUUUUAAAUCCAAACUCAGAAGAAAAUGAUGACUUAGAAUUUAUUUCAGUAGAAAACAUACUGAAUGCUCCUGAUCGUCUCCAUUGCAAUGAAAUCAAUGAACAGAUAUUAGAAAACUUUAAUACUUUGCCAAUUCACAUGAGAUGUGCUGCACAUACGUUCAAUCUGGUCGCUAGCAAAGAUGUAGAUGCUGCUCUACAAAUAACUGUUUUCAAGACUCCCUACAGAAGUGCAUUAGCCAAGGCACGUACUCUCUGGAAUCAGCAAUCACGUAGUACGGUAGCAGCAGAUAGCAUUCACGCUGAAUUAGGCAGACGACUUGUCCUUCCAAAUACGACGAGGUGGAACUCUCUGUAUGAUGCUAUUGUCGUUCUCAACAGUAUAUUGGAAACAAAAAGGCCUUCUCUUCACAGGGUUAUGACUCAACUAAAAAUUCUAACUUUCAAUGACCAAGAUGUGACUGUAAUGAAGGAGUACGCAAAGGUUAUGGCACCUGUCGCGAAUGCCCUCGAUCGUAUCCAAGGAGAAGCUCAAGCAUAUCUCGGAUCACUACUACCGACGAUUGCAGCAACUGUCUAUAAAUUAAAAAAUAUUAAAUCUAAGGGCCUAGUAAAUUGCACAGCUUUAGCCAAUGCCUUAUUAAAUGGCAUAGAGAAAAGGUUUGGUCCACUCCUGAAUGAUGAACAGUGCCUACUUGCCGCGGCAUUUCACCCAAAGUUCCGGUUGAUAUGGCUGGAAACGUAUGACAGCAGUAGAGUGGAUGCAGUAAAAAAGAGCAUGGAAAAAAAGGUAGAAGAUGCUUUACGACAAGAAGCAGCGGAAAAUUCGAAGGACAGAGAUAGUUUAACUGGCGGAGGGAGCAAUGCGAGUAACAACGAUGAUGACGAGGAGGAAGACUUUUUCAAUUCUGUCACUCGGUCUAUAGAAAAACCAAAGAGCUCCAACUCUUUAAAGAGUAAAGCGCAAAGUCUCGUUAAAAUGUGGCUGGACAUGAAAUCAAAAGACUCGUUCAACGAUGCUGCAUUCCUCGGGGAACAGAUAUUCAUAAAUCUAUUUAUUAAAUACAAUACUGCUAUACCCUCAAGCGCUGCAGUUGAACGUCUGUUUUCCACGGGUAAAGACAUUUUAACACCAAAACGAGCCUCGCUUUCAGACGAGAACUUCAACAUGUUAAUGUUCAUGAAGGGGAAUAUGCACCUUAUGCCCGACGAUUAA